GGGCCUCCCCGCCCAGCUUCCCCUCCUGGCUCAAACAAGAAUGACCUGCAAGGCGCAAAGAUCACCGCGGAGGCCAGGUCCUGGCCAUGCAUCUGCCGCCAGAGAGCCUUUCCUGCAGAUGGCCCAAGCCAGUGCAUCCCUCCUGACUCACCAAACACUGGCACAGCGUGAAUACUUCCUCCCCUCUGUGGCCUGGGAGCUGCCUGGCUUCACCCAGCAAUCCUACCACCGGCUGGCCCUGAAACAGCCACCUAGCACAGAAAUGAAAUCCAAGGUGCUGAACCGAGUACGGUACCCCUGGAAAGACCCCGCCCAACACACCUGGGGCUUUCACACCUGGCUCGACGUGGGGCGACUGCCUGCUACCUUCCCCGCGCGGCCCGAUCGGCCCUACGACAGCAAUGUCUGGCGCUGGCUGACCUACUCCAAGGGCCACAGCCUGCCCGCAGCAGAGCCGCCCGUCCCUCCUCCUUCCUGGAUGGGUCCAAAGGGCUUCCUGGCCUUCAUUAACAGCACCCCCAUGUUCGUGGACGCGAACAGGAAGAACCAAGUGAUUGUGAGAACUGAGAAGGAGCUGAAGGAGGUGGAGAAACUCAAGCUGAGGAGCGAACUCAGGGCCCCUUCACUCGACGCCCACGGCAACAUCCUGCCCCCCCCAAACUUCAAGAUGUAUCGGCACGUAUCUGAAGGUGGAAGGCUUAACACCCCGGCUCCCCAGAUCCUUCCCAACCCGCUUCCCACCGCUUUCGCCAGGAGUUGGCCGUGCCCGAACCCUCAGCCUCACUACCAGGAGACCGUGCUGAAACUGGCCCUCCUGCCCAGCGCGCCUCUGAACCCGCAGCUCCUGAGGGAUUACCAAGCGCUGACCGAGGACCGCAUUGCCUUGCCCCUCCACUACCUGUCCAAGGCACAACCUGGCCAACCUUCAGGAGGGAAGAAGAAGAGAAGACCCGGACACAUUUAG